ACACAGGGCCUGGCCUCCCAGCCGCCCGCGGACCCCCGCACGGAGAUCCGGCGCCGGAAGGCGCUGGAAGCCGGCAGCAGGGCACGAGUUCCGAUUUGAUAAUGGGCUGCAUUAAAAGUAAAGAAAACAAAAGUCCAGCCAUUAAAUACACACCGGAAAACCCUCCAGAGCCUGUAAGCACAAGUGCCAAUCAUUAUGGAACAGAACACACCACAGUUGCCCCGACCUCUUCCACAAAGGGAGCACCGGUCAAUUUUAACAGUCUUUCCAUGACACCAUUUGGAGGGUCCUCUGGGGUGACUCCUUUUGGAGGCACGUCUUCCUCGUUCUCAGUGGUGCCAAGUUCAUAUCCUACGAGUUUAACAGGUGGUGUCACUAUAUUUGUGGCCUUAUAUGAUUAUGAAGCUAGAACUACAGAAGACCUUUCCUUUAAGAAGGGUGAAAGAUUUCAAAUAAUUAACAAUACGGAAGGAGACUGGUGGGAAGCAAGAUCAAUUGCUACCGGAAAGAAUGGUUAUAUCCCUAGCAAUUAUGUAGCACCUGCAGAUUCCAUUCAGGCAGAAGAAUGGUAUUUUGGCAAAAUGGGGAGAAAAGAUGCUGAAAGAUUACUUCUGAAUCCUGGGAAUCAGCGAGGUAUAUUCUUAGUAAGAGAAAGUGAAACCACUAAAGGUGCUUAUUCCCUCUCAAUUCGUGAUUGGGAUGAGGUAAGGGGUGACAAUGUGAAGCAUUAUAAAAUUAGGAAACUUGACAAUGGUGGAUACUACAUCACGACCAGAGCUCAGUUUGAUACUCUGCAGAAACUGGUGAAGCAUUACACAGAACAUGCUGAUGGUUUAUGCCACAAGUUAACAACUGUGUGUCCAACUGUGAAACCCCAGACUCAAGGUCUAGCAAAAGAUGCUUGGGAAAUCCCUCGAGAAUCGUUGCGACUAGAGGUUAAACUAGGUCAAGGAUGCUUUGGUGAAGUGUGGAUGGGAACGUGGAAUGGAACCACAAAAGUAGCAAUCAAAACACUAAAGCCAGGUACAAUGAUGCCAGAAUCUUUCCUUCAAGAAGCUCAGAUAAUGAAGAAAUUAAGACAUGAUAAACUUGUUCCGCUGUAUGCAGUUGUUUCUGAAGAGCCAAUUUAUAUUGUCACUGAGUUUAUGUCAAAAGGGAGCUUGUUAGAUUUCCUUAAAGAAGGAGAUGGAAAAUAUUUGAAGCUUCCACAGCUGGUCGAUAUGGCUGCUCAGAUUGCUGAUGGUAUGGCGUAUAUUGAAAGAAUGAACUACAUUCACCGAGAUCUCCGAGCUGCUAAUAUUCUUGUAGGAGAAAAUCUUGUAUGCAAAAUAGCAGAUUUUGGCUUAGCAAGAUUAAUUGAAGACAAUGAAUACACAGCAAGACAAGGUGCAAAAUUUCCAAUCAAGUGGACAGCUCCUGAGGCUGCACUGUAUGGUCGGUUUACAAUAAAGUCUGAUGUGUGGUCAUUUGGAAUUCUACAGACAGAGCUGGUGACCAAGGGGAGAGUGCCAUAUCCAGGUAUGGUAAACCGUGAAGUUCUGGAACAAGUGGAGCGAGGGUACAGGAUGCCUUGCCCUCAGGGCUGUCCAGAAUCCCUCCAUGAAUUGAUGAAUCAUUGUUGGAAGAAGGACCCUGAUGAGAGACCAACAUUUGAAUAUAUUCAGUCCUUCUUGGAAGACUACUUCACUGCUACAGAGCCACAGUACCAACCAGGAGAAAAUUUAUAAUCCAAGUAGCUGUGUGCACAGAUCUGCCAAAACACUUGUGUGAGUUCCUCAUGCACAGGAAUGAGAAGAUACUCUUCACUCUGCAUGUUUCUUGUGGUAAACUGGAAUUCCAGAUAUGGUUGCACAAAACCACUUUUUCCCCCAAGUGUUAAACUCUAAAGUACCAAUGAUACAUCUUACAACUUACUUCAGGGUCCAAAGAAAGCUAAGCUAUUGUGACUGUGGGCGAUAGCAUGGUAAGAAAGAGCAACAAGACUACUGUUUACUAGUCACUUUCUUUUCUUCCCCAAACUCAGAAUUGCUAAAAGAAAACUAUUUAUUGAUAUGGACGAAACUUGGGCUGUUAUACCACUGUAAAAUCUAAAAUCAAAGAACUUCAUGGGACCAAAUAAUUCCAUUCCAGUUUUUAAAAAUCUUGCAUUUUUUUUUUCCUCAGAAGUUAGGUUUUUGUUUUGUUUUUCUAUUUAACAGUUGGCAUGUAGUCUUAACACAGAUCUCCUUUUGUGUGGAACGGGCCAAGUGUUCCAAAAA